AUGUCUGAAGUCCAGAAGCCUGUUGAGGAGACCCCUGCGCCUGUCGCUGCUCCUGCCACCGAAGCGCCUGCUGUCGCUGAGGUUGCUGCCCCCGAGACUGCUGCUGUGGAGGCUCCCAAUGAGAUUCCUGCCGAAGCCACUGAGGCCACCCCUGCUACUGCUGAGGAGCCCAAGGCAGAUGCCCCUGCUGAGGAGGCCAAAGAGGAGCCCAAGAAGGAGGAGGUGACCCCCGCUUCCGAGGGUGUCCUUGGUUACAAGGCCCCCGGCCUGGUCAAGGGUCUGCGUUUCGCCAAGCGCUUCUUCUACUUCCACGAUGAGGCCGUCGAAGCCAAGCAGCUGUCCGCCUUCCACCAGAACGAGAAGCCUGUCGUCGCCAACCCGAUCGCUGCUUGGGCUAGCCAGACCGGCAAGGGUCUUCUUUUCUUCACCAAGCGCGCUGAGGACAAGGCUUCCCCCGCCGGUAUUUUCAAUUUGUCUGAGGUUUCCGAUGUCGCCAAGGAGGGUGCCAGCGAGUUCCACUUCAAGGUCAACGGCCACAAGCACACUUUCCAGGCUACCAGCAGCACUGAGCGUGACAGCUGGGUGCUUGCCCUUGAGACCAAGGCUGCUGAGGCUAAGGCUGAGAAGGAAACCAUCGUCGCCAGCGAGGGCUACAAGGCUGAGCUGGAGAAGCUGAACAAGCCUGCCGUUGCUGAGCACGUCAAGAAGGCUGCUGAGCCCAAGGAGGAGGCUGCUCCUGCUGAAGACCAGAAGGACGAAAAGGCUACCGCCAAGAGCCGCUCCCAGUCUCGCAAGCGCGCUAGCAUCUUCGGUACUCUCAUGGGCAAGAAGGAAGAAGCCGAGGAGAAGAAGGAGGAGCAGAAGGAGGAGAAGGCCGAGGAGGCUGGGGCUACCGAGCCUGCCACUGAGGCCCCUGCCGAGGCUCCUGUCGAGACCCCUGCUGAGGCUCCUGCUGCCGCUGAGGAAGCUGAAGGUAUCGACAAGAAGGAGGAAGAGAAGGAGGAGAAGAAGGCGGAGGCUCCUGUCGCCCAGAAGUCCAAGCGCACUUCUCUCUUCGGCAACUUCUUCCAGAAGGUCACCAGCCCCUCACACGAGAAGUCGGAGAAGGAGGCUGCUGCCCCCGUCGAGACUCCCGUUGCCAGCACUGCUCCCCAGCUUGACAACCCCGUCGAAGAGGCCAAUGUCAAGCCCAUUGAGCCUGAGGCUGUGACUGCUGCCGCCGACGCUGAGGCUUCCAAGGAUGCCACUCCCGCGGCUUCUCCUGCUGCUGCAGAGACCCCCAAGAACAGCCGCCGCACUUCCUUCUUCGGCAACUUUGGCAAGAAGAAGGGCGACUCUGACAACGAGGGUGUUGACGGCGAGGCCAAGCCCAAGGGUAACAAGCUGGGCGGUAUCUUCCGCAAGCCCAGCAAGGCUGUGAAGACUGAGGUCAAGGAGGCUGCCCCUGACGCCACUCCUAAGGAGGCUCCUGUCGAGGAGUCGCCUGCUGAGGAGAGUGCUCAGCCCGUCGAGGCUCCAGCUGCCACCGAGGAGACUGCUCCUGUCAACAAUGUCCCUGCCUCCACUCCUGUUCAGGCUGCCGCCUGA